AUGGAGCUUUGCCGUUUCGCUUCGACGAUCGUGCUGGCCAUCAUUCUGGCGACGCUUGUCCCCGCACUUCUUGAUCUGCCGCAAGAUGUCGAGGCGCUGGAAGAUGUGUAUCGCCACCUCGCGUGGAUAGACGAUGCGCCAUUUGGCAUCUCGCUGCACGAUGCGGGCCAUCCGGAUGUCCCGUCGCCCCAUCAAUCGUUCGCAACGCAGCCUGCAAGCGACGUAGAGGUCAUCGAAAACGAUGUUCCCGACGAUCAGCUUCACGGCGCCGGCACUGCAGCGCCUAUCGAGCUCGACUCACCCACUUCGACAAGGAAGGGCCAGUUCGACGGGCCGAGGCACCCUGAGUACCCUUCACGGCCGGCCUCUUCCGUUCUUGAGGAGGCCGACCGAGAUGCGCGUCCGCUGUUCCAGGCGCCGGCACGGAUCCACAAAGUCCGGAAGUCGAGCAGGGAGGCGCAAGAGGACUGGCCGAUCUCGUCUGUACCGAGACAGGUCGCUGGAAACGGGAGACCCAUCCAUUACGGCGAUGCGGAGCUGCAAGUCCUUGCUCUUGACGAGCUGAACACGCGGGCCAGGGACUUUCGGCCGUUGAGCGGCGCACCUCGUCGACCCAGCAUUGCCAUCCACGCGCCCGGCAGUCCUUACGAACGGAGAGGCCGCACCACGAUCCAAAAGGCGGCGUCCAAUCUUCUCAUCCGCAAGAACAAGGGAGUCAAGACCGGCCUGUUCGCCAACAUCGACGUCCCUGGCCGAUACACGAUCAGCUUCGGCUAUGUCUUGUCGCAACCAAAAGAGGGCCCCAUGCUACAGUUUGACGCCGUCGCCCUGCCCUACGAGGGAACAAUGCUGCCCAGGGUAUACAUUGGCCUCGUCCAGAUCAUCGAUCCUCCGAUCGGCCUCAUCAGAAGCGAGGGGUUCAGCACAGCGCUCAAAACGAGGCUCAUGCAGAUGCGUAUCCUGGCAUUAUACGAAGACGACAGGGGGCUUCUGCAACCGGGCGCAAGCCAAGGUCCCGCCGGCCACCUCGGCAGGCCGGCCGAACCCGAGGCGCAGUGA